AGUAAACGGAGACCUGAUCCUACCUCAACUCAACCUGGACCUGAAGGACUUAAAUGAUCUCAAUGACCUCAAGGAGCUGAAUGACCUGAAAGACCUGAACAAGAACCUCAACCCUUUUGAGGAUGUGGACCUAGAUGAGGAUGAAAAAAAUGGAGGGGACACAGGCCUCAUCAUGGGGGAGGUCAGAGGCCCCCCCCAGCUCAGGUCGUUCUGUGAUGGAGAAGAAGAGGAGAAUGAAGUGAAUGCAGAGAGGCAUGGUGCAGGGAACCCCAAAGGGAAGCCUCUUAGGGGGACCCUGGAACGGAUCUGUGGAGUGUCACCCCUCAAAACUCUUGAAAAAUUGGGAAAGGGGCUUCGCAUAUCAGGAAGAAAUGUGUGGUCAAGCAACUCCCCCAACUACACCUCUGGAGACUCAAAUACACUCCCAGCUGACAGGGAGAAGAGGAAAGGACUGCGUAGGGGCUCGGAGGGGAUUAUGACCCUACUUCGUUUCACAGGUCGGCGUAAGGAGGAACGCAGAGAAAGCCUGCCCUGUGGGGACCUGACCACAGAGUGUGAUCCCGUGGGCUCCAGAAGACCUUCUUUCUUAAAGAUCGUCAGUCUGGGCAAACUGACGAGAGAGUCCAUGUCAGACAAGACAUCCCAAGAGGAUGACGAGGAAAUCAUGGAGGAAGAACAAGUAGUCAAAACCCGAGAGCCCCUAUCAGUUUUGGAGAUCCUACAGUUGGUCAAUCACAGAGACCUUCUCCUGGCUGACACACAGAUUCAGGAGCUGGAGCGAGAGUGUGAGCUUUUUCCUAGUACCCCAUUUGGUGGAAUUCCUUUAUCAUCUUCAUCCUUAGAUGAGUCCCUCAGCUCUAAUGCAACCCUAGACUCAAGCAGAAGGAAGGCUAAAGAUGUGGAACUUUUGUAUGAAGCCCUGCAGAAGGAGAUGUGGGACGUAGUGCGAGAAUCUCUCCGUCAGCCUAGUGCUGGUCCCAACCUUGGUCUAGUAGUGCUGGUAAUCCAACAGGAGGAGUAUGCUGAUGCUGCCUGGGCUCUAAGAGAGGAGACCAAAACAGAGCAUGCAAGCUCUAACAUCCACCCCAGUCAGCGCCCUCGACGGCUAAAGAUUAAGUGGAGGCUGGCAGUGGCAGAAGCUGCAGACUGGAGCCUGCCUCAACAGGUGGACACCCAAGCAGGACAGCUGGCCUUGUAUCUGGAACAUCUCAAGAGCAGGAUGGUGGAUGAUCUAGAUGCAGCCAGAAGGAAUGCUGUAUCCAUUUACCCAGAGGAGUUUGCAGCCUUCCAAGUAUAUGUAGAAAGCUACCAUCGAGCUGUGGCCAAACGUCUUCGGACCAUCACCAGUGAGCCGCUGCAGAUUACAGAUGUCUACGCACUGCUUGACUGGUUCUACAACAUCUACAACAGGGAUGUCCUGGGAACCAUUGGCACCAACAUGCCAAUAAAUUAUGCUGCUCUGGAGCCUAUCCUUCCUCAGCAGACUGUGGACAGGCUAGAACAAGACUGCAUCCAGAUAGUCAGGGAUAAGGUAACCACCGAACUGAUUCAGAUUCUAGAUGAAGAGGAGAGGCGAUGGGCCCAGACUCUGUAUAUUGAGGAGUAUCAGUCACAACUAGCACGCUCAGUCAUCCAGAGGUUGAAAGUGGACUUGGACAGAUCCACAUCAGUGAGCCAGUUCUUGGGGGCAAGAGUGGCUCGCUGCAGUUUGAUUGGACUGGCCGACUUCCUGUACAGUUUCCAGAGGAAGGUUGAGAUCUUUCAUGAGACUCAGGCAGAGUUUGGAGACAGAGGAGAUGGAUACGUGUCCAGGACCAUAGCUCUGGUCAACUGCUGCCCUCCCUUAAGAACCUUUGUGGAGCGAUGCAGACAGUGUGACCCACAGGGAAGUGAGGAGUCAGCACGCAGAGCUACCUCCUCGUUGGACAGGAUCAUCAACCAGUCAGUGAGGGUGCUGACGGACAGACUGUUUGAGCACAUUAGGCCUUUCUUUGACAAACUGAUGAAGAGAAAAUGGUUGAGCAACACGGAGUCAUUUGAAGCAAUUGAAGGCGGCAUUAAACAACACUUUAGAAAAUUCAAAAGGAUGGACCCUCCUCCAUAUCAGACGCUGGUGGGGGAUGUGCACAGACGGGUUCUGGUGGAGUAUGUGCGGGCCAUUAUGCGAGGACAGAUCAUUUGCACGUCCUCCAAGAUGAGGAAGAGGAUGGCGUUUCGCCUGCAAGACGAGGCCAAGGAACUGAAAGGGCUUUUCAAGGAUCUGGAAUCGAGUGCCUCGUGGUUAGACAGUAUCAUCAGUCAUAUAGCUGACAUAAUCCUCCUGGAGGACACGCCUUCUAUCCAGAUGGAGGUAGCAGUCCUGGUCAAAGAGUUUCCAGAUAUAAGGAAGAAGCAUGUCUCGACCCUACUGAACGUGCGAGGGAUGAUGCGGCAGGCAGAGCGGCAGGAGAUUCUUAACAUCGUUAAAGACUUUGAACGCAGUAGUGCCCAUUUGGGCCAGAACCAAGCACUUUUUUCUGACAUUCCCAUCACUUCAGAAAUACACUGCAUCAGAUUGGGUUUCCUGCGCCUCGCUAUGAGCGUCUCUAACUGGUUCUCAGAGCACCGGCCAAGGCGAAAGCGCCAGACGAGUGUCCGAAGUGCAAUGUCCCAACCUGCAGGGAGUAUGGAAGACACAAACAAAGUACACAAGGAGGAAUAA